ACAAAAGUUCACUGAGUUAAGUUGUGUGAUUCCAUGCUCCUACAUGCCCUUGUUGGCAUCUAAUGGAAGAAAAAGCACCCAUCAGGCCUGCCAUGGUAUCCAGAUUGCCUAAGUUUGGUGGACGCUCCUCGACUGGUGGCGCUAGCCCCUUGUCAAAUGGUUCCAUACAGCCAGCUACCGCUACCCAGGAUGUUAAGACAACUCCUCAAGGAACACACCCAAAUGGCAUAAUCCGUGCCUCUCCGUUUUCCCUGAAAUUGAAGAGAGAGGAGAGGACAACCACUUCUAGCCCCAUCACCCCCACCAGCCCUGGGGAUGGAGGUGAAGACAAGGCUCAGACACAGCUUCCCUCAUUGGCAAAGGAGGUAAAAAACUGCUCUCCAGCGACGCCCAAGAUGCGAAGAUCAGGUUCUUUGAUGGUAGCGGUCUCCAGUCCUAAGGCCAUCCCCAAGCAGUCCUUGAAGAUGAGUCCCAAAGUUGGAACCAAGCUAGGCCAAAGUCCACUGAACGGAGGUCCUAAAAUGGGCCACAAUGGCUCCAGCAUUCCUGCUCAAACAGGAUCAGAGUCUCGCCUUGUGCGGCCGAGGUUAGGAUCUAGCUCUCCCAGAAGCAGCUCUCAAGACAGCCUGUCCCAGUCUAGUGACAGCCUGAAGAACUUGGCACUGGACAACAUGGUGCGUUCAAACAGCUUCACUCAUUUUAAGCAGAUUCCCUCGCCCACCAGCCAGCCCAUGACACGGUCCUUCUCUUUUAACCGAGCUGUGGAGCUAGCUAAGCCCCUGACCAACACUCAGCUCCGGCCACCUCGGAGUAGUUUCCUUAAACCCCCUCAGCUUAGCAAUGGAAGAGUGGGUUUGGGUCUUGGAGGCCUGAAUAGCAGCCUUGGAGGCUCAGGAGGUCUGGGUGGAGGACUUCAGUACAGUAGAACUCCUCCGGCUGCCUCCUCUCUGCCCACCCUCUCGACCCCUUCAGCACCCACUACUCCCAGCUCUCUGAGGAAGCCUCUGCUGCCCAGUUGUGUGCUGACCAAGUCAUUGGGAAACGGUUUAGGCUACAGGCUGCCUCGAUCCAGGCAGGCCAAGCAGCAGAAGACUCUUUUUCCAGGUAGGGUCAAGGGGGAAAUCAGACCUUUGGUUGCCCCUGAAUGUGGAGGCCAUUUAGGAAAAGCAAUAGACUUUGAGCGCACUAGUGAGGCUGACAAAACAGACUCACGGAGUGAAAGUGAUGGAAGCUCUGGAGAUGCAAGAGGAAAAGGAGGAGGGAGUGAUGUGCUUAGGCAGAGCUCUGGCCAGGCAGCAGGCGAGACUCUGGAGGAUAUGUCCUUAUCUUCUGCCUCAUCUCUAGACAGAGUUGACAUUAGUGAAGAGUUUCUAGAUGACUUUGACAGUGUGGGAGAUGUGUUCAGUGAUGGGGACCUACCUGAUAACAGGAAAACUGGCAGCAGUACUCAAACCCGCCUGCACAGCUUUCUCAGUGAGACCCUUGACUGGGAGACUAUGGAUCUGACAGCAGGACAUAAAGAAGAAAGCCCCAUGCAGGACUCCCAAGGACCACUGGUGUCUCCAGAGCGGUGUAAUGUCCUUCAAGCUUCUUCUGUGGAGCUGUCGCCUUCCAACAGCUCUGGUGGAACCUACAUGUGGGAUGAGGAUGUCCUUGAGCCCUUUGUUGGGCCUGGGACACAUCCAUGUGACAGCUAUGAUGACUCAGAGCUCAACAGCAUGGUGAGUCCCAGUUUCUAGCUUUUAUGAAUUUUG